AUGCGCAGAACACUCCCACCCCCAUCUCCCAUGAUGCGCAAGUUCCUGAACCACAGCGCCUCAGGACACGACUCGACUCAAAGCAUAUCAACACCUCCUACUUCUUCCUUUGAAAGAGAAUACUGUUUUCUCUACGGGACUUUGAUGGAUCCAGAAACACUCUCUCAAGUCUUAAGAACGCCAGACUCCCUUCCUGUCUUGAGCCGUGCUAGAGUGAUAGGCUAUGAUACUAAGCUCUGGGGCCCCUAUCCUGCCCUUAUUGAUGGCGAGCCACUCCAACCGGUCGAUGGUAUGGUAUUCGAAAUCUUGUCAAAAACACAACUUGAUCGACUUGAAUCCUAUGAGACGGACAAUUAUCAGCUCCAGCCUUGCCUAAUCGACAUUCUCAAUCAUGAUAAUAGUGUUCUAAGUACUGUCGAUGGAGUCACAUUCAUGUGGAAUGGCGAAGAAGACAAACUUCAGGAAGGAAAAUUUGACUUGAAGCAGUGGAAAAAAGAAACAAGACUUCGAGAUCUGGAUUAA